AUGAGCUCUCGAACCUUGACCUGGUCCCGAACGGCCAAGUCCUCGUUGGUGAAGCAACAUCUACUUCGUCCUAGUGACCCUAUUGCGGCGCGCCCGGCACAAGCGUUGAAUGUCCGAGCCCAGCAAAUCGCCGAGUUCUCGGGCAGUAGCGAAAACCAUGAUCGCCUCGGUCACCGCGCAAAGGAGAAAUUGCUCGAUCGGGAAUUUUUUCUCAGCCUCCUGAGCUCCGCGUCGACUAAGCGCGAAGCUAAGUCGUACCUGGCUCGGCUAAAGGCCAGCCCCGCCAAACCAAGCCAAGAACCAACCCCCGAGCCGCCGAAGGAGUCCAUAUCAGCCUCUCUGCCCUCUGGUGUCAAUUUAGGCUCGUUCUAUGGUGCCUCUAGGGCGGUGUAUGACAGUCCUGUCUUCCGCCAAGAUACAACUCCCACUCCGCGCGCGCAGGAUAUACCCGAAAGGCUGCACUUGGCCCUGAUCAAAAUCACCACUCCGCAAUUAGUCAAUGACUAUGUGAUUAAUGGAGUGGCCAAGACUCUGUCGCAGCUCGUCCGCCUGGGCAUGGCAUGCUGCGUGGUUAUCGACCCCGGAAAGAUGGACGGCCCUGCCGGCCGACAAACAGCCGUGGACCAGGCAAAUCGAAUAUCAGCGGCAGUCGAUCAGCAACCCGACUCGAAGUCCUUUAGAUUAGACUCGGUGUUAUCUAUAUCUGAACGGGGGUCUGGCCCACCCACCGUGCUAUCGCGAAAAGUGCUCUUGAGCGCCCUUCGGGAUGGGCAUGUGGUACUUGUCCCGCCCAUCGCUUAUAUGGAGGAAAACCCACGAGCUGUUACAGUUCCAGCUAAUGAUGCUGUCCUUUCACUGGCAAAAGAAUUUGCGGGAUUAUCAUAUACUCCAGACCCGGAUGAGGACCCAAUAGCCACCGUCGAGAGAAUCAACGCUUUACAAAGGGAGGUCUCACUAGACCGUGUCAUUGUUCUCGAUCCGGUUGGUGGAAUCCCAGCUUUCCAGGGCCCUCAAUCAUCGCAUGUCUUCAUCAACAUGGAGCAAGAGUUUGAUCAAAUUAAAGAUGAGCUUCUCCGGGCACGAAUGUCUGUUUCUGGAAGCAAAGAUCCCUCAAAACAGGUAACCACUGAGGCCACGUACCCAAUUUUGGAAAGCAAUCCAUUCUCAAAGUUUGUUAAUCGUGAGGUUAUCUCACCCGUGCAACCUACCGCAUCUGGUUCAUCACCAGCUGCUGAGGGGAUGGAGAAGGUGCUAGAUGGGCAUCUAGAGAAUCUGCGAUUAGCCCAACAAGCAUUAUCAAUGCUACCAUCAGCCUCCUCAGGCAUCAUCACCUCCCCACAAGAAGUUUCCUACUCAGCCCGCUCACCGCAAGAGGCUGCUUCAGACCUGUCAGCCGUCGGAACCCGUCGACAGCGCAACCCAUUGAUCCACCACCUCCUCACAGACAAGCCUCUACUAUCAUCCUCUCUACCACCAGGCCGACGCGGUGCUUCCAAUGGCGGCAAAUCCAGCGCAUUCAACCCUAUCAUCUCCCACACGACCUUCGUGAAACGUGGAAUGCCUCUCACAAUCCUCCCAAACCCCUAUAUAAAACCCUGGUCGGCCCAGAUCCAACCACGACUGGGACUCCAUGACCCUACCAUCGACCUCCCUCGGCUAGUCACCUUAAUUGAAGACUCUUUUGACCGCAAACUCGACGUCCAAAACUACCUCGACCGAGUGAACAACCGUAUCGCCGGUGUCAUCGUCGCCGGCGAGUACGAAGGCGGCGCAAUCCUGACCUGGGAAACGCCACCAGGCGUACCAGAUGACGGAAGCGAAGAAAGUGCCACACGCAUGGUGCCCUAUUUGGAUAAAUUCGCCGUGCUCAAGCGCAGCCAGGGCGCCGGCGGUGUCGCGGAUGUUGUGUUCAAUGCGAUGGUUCGCACAUGUUUCCCCAAUGGAGUCUGCUGGCGUAGUCGCAUGGAUAACCCGGUUAAUAAAUGGUACUUCGAGCGGUCGUUGGGUACUUGGAAGCUCGCUGAUAGUAAUUGGGCUAUGUUUUGGACGACACCGGGGCUAGUAGAGGAUACUCAGCGCUUCCAGGAUUAUGAGGCUGUUUGUCGUUCUAUCCAGCCUAGUUGGGCUGAUAAGAAAAGCGUCAUUGACUGA